AUGGCUGAAGGAGAUGGCCCGACUGUGGGCUCAAACUAUCUUCCCCUACCUGUCGAAGUUUUCUCUUUCAUCGAAAGCAUGUCAACGUCCACUUCGCUCCGUCUAUUCUCUAUCAAAUUCCCGCAAUCUCUCCUCCACCAUCACAACCACCCAAUCUUCAAAACCCUAGUUCUAUCAACACCCCCAAUUAUACCUUCGAAACUGUCAUUACUCAAGUCGAUCUCUUUCCAAAAACUCGCCACCAAGCCUGUCUCUUCAUCCCAAUCAUCUUCACCUUCUGUUUCUCUUCAACCCAUUGAAGAACUCCCUCCAAAACUUCAAGAAAUUGUCAAACUUUUCCAAGCAGUUCAACAACCGAAGGCCAAGUACGAACAACUCUUAUUCUAUGGUCGAAACUUGAAACCCUUAGAUUCCCGAUUCAAGACCACUGAAAAUAAGGUUCAGGGUUGUGUCUCACAGGUUUGGGUUAGAGCAUACAUUGACUCGCACAAAAACGUUGUUUUUGAAGCCGAUUCGGACUCGGUACUCACCAAAGGACUCGCUGCUCUGCUUGUUCAAGGGCUUUCGGGCCGGUCCGUCCAAGAGAUUUUACGGGUUUCCCCCGAUUUUGUGGUGCUUCUUGGCUUGCAACAGAGUCUAACGCCUUCGAGGAAUAAUGGGUUCUUGAAUAUGUUGAAGCUGAUGCAAAAGAAGGCUUUACAAUUAUAUGUUGAAAGUGAAAAAGGUGGUGAAUUGGGUAGUGAAGUAUCAAAAGAAAGUGAAAACCCAGUUGAAAGUUCAAAUUUGGGGUUGAAGAGUGAUGAUGGUAUCGGUGAUUCGAAGGCUAAUGUGAGUUCUGAAGUGGGUAUUGAUGAUAUGAGAUCAAACACUGGGGAUGGAGGUGUUUUGGGGAGUAGAGGAAUGAGAAUUAAAGAGAGAUUGGAGCGAGAGCUUAAGCCUAUUGAAUUGGAAGUUGAAGAUAUAUCAUAUCAGCAUGCUGGGCAUGCCGGGGUUAGGGGUAGUGAUGGCGAGACACAUUUUAAUGUGAAGGUGGUUUCGAAAGAGUUUGAAGGGAAGAGUUUGGUUAAGAGGCAUAGAUUGAUUUAUGGUUUGCUGCAAGAUGAAUUGCAGACUGGACUACAUGCAUUGUCGAUUGUGGCAAAGACGCCAUCGGAAGUCUGA